UGCAUGUCUCUCCUCUGCUUCAACUUUAAAUAUCUUCCACACGGUUCACAGCAUUUAAAUUUAGACAAGACAUGAGGCAACGUAUCUCAGGCUGAAGUCAGAGGCUUCUCGCUUUGCUCUGUGCUCAACUCCGGACUGAAUAGAAACUACUCACCUCAACAUCAGCUACAGAAAGAAUCAAUACAUUGCAGGUAUGUCUGAAAUCAGAGACUGUGAGGAUCUCAAUGAGGAGGACAUUGAUGAAGAUGCAAUCCUGGCAAUGCUUUCACCUGAGGAGCUAAAGGAGCUCCAGAGUGAGAUGGACAUCAUUAUUGCUCCAGAUGACACUGUACCAGUGGGACAGAGACAGAAGGACCAGACAGAGAAACCUCCAACAGGAUCGUUCGACCACAGGUCGCUGGUUGAUUAUCUCUACUGGGAGAAAGAAUCAAAACGUAUGCUUGAAGAAGAAAGGGUCCCUGCUACCCUGCUGCCCAGUGAGAAAAUCCUUCAGGAGGAGGCUGCAAAAAAAGAAAAAGAAGAGAACUCAGAUACCAAAUAUGUCUAUGAAGUGGUUGAAGAAAUUAUUGAGGAAGAUGGGGCUGACUAUCCAGAUGGAGUGGAAAUCAUUGAGGAGAUAAUUGAAGAAAUAUAUGAAGAAGAUGAAGGGGAGAUGGAAAAGAACAAUGUGAAUGACCUUAACAAUGAAAGUAGUGAGAAAGUAGAUUUUAAACUCAAACCUGAAAAAGCAGAUCAAGAUGAAGAGCCUCCCAAUAACUUAGAAAAAUCAGCUGAAAAUAACAAAGUGGACAGCCAGUCUGUUCCAGACACAAAGGUAGCCUCGGUUAACAAUGAAGCUAAAGAGGAGAAAGUAAAUAAAGAGUGCUCUGUCCCGCAUGAGACUCAAGAUACAAAUGAAAUCAAUGAUGACUUUCCAAAAAGAGAGCCAAUAAAAGUGAACAAGUUAAAAAUCCCAAAGUUGGCUUUUGAUAAUAUCAAAAUGACAUCACGGCCAUCAGGAAACGAGACAAACUUGGAGUCAACUCUUGACAAAAUCCGUAAUAACAAUCCUUCUGUCACUGAGGUCAACCUGAACAACAUUGAAAACAUUCCCAAGGAGAUGCUUUUGGACUACGUGAAUGCCCUGAAAAAGAAUAAACAUGUAAAAACCUUCAGCAUAGCCAACACAGGUGCUGAUGAAAACAUUGCAUUCAGCCUGGCUAACAUGCUUAGAGAAAACCGCAGCAUCACAACUUUGAAUAUUGAGUCCAACUUCAUAACUGGAAAGGGCAUUGUCGCCAUUAUCCGCUGCCUCCAGUUCAAUGAGACCCUGACAGAGCUGCGCUUUCACAAUCAGAGACACAUGUUAGGUCACCAUGCAGAGAUGGAGAUCUCUCGUCUGCUCAAGGCAAACAACACCCUCCUGAAGAUAGGCUACCACUUUGAGCUCCCUGGGCCCAGGAUGGUGGUGACCAACCUCUUAACGCGGAACCUUGACCGUCAGAGGCAGCUGAGGAAGGAGGAACAGAGGCAGCAGCAGCUCAAAGAGCAGAAAGAAAUGAUGCAAAUGUAUGAGAACAGUCUCAAUCUGCCUCCUGGUUUGCUUGAGAUGUUGGGAUACAUACCGCCACUUGAGCUCCUACAGGAGCAUGGACUCGUCCCUACCAUACCAGAAGAGAACACCGUAGCUCAAACGACACAUCAGAACAAGCAGCCAGAGCAACAAAAGAAUCCAAAACGCAACAGCUUUCCCAAACAGCCUUGUGCAGAACCAGCAAACCCAUUAAAAGACAUUCAGUUGAAGAGAACUCCCAAGAAACGGGAUCCUUUCCUGGACCUGGACCCAAAGGAGGACAGGAGAGCAGAGAACCCAAGUUUCCAACUGAGAAAGACUCCCAGAGUAAAAGACAGAGGAGCUAGAGAGACAGUGGAAGAAAAGGCCAACCUAAAAGAUGUGAUAAAGACUUUGAAACCCGUCCCUCGCAGAAGAGAACCUCCAAAAGUUGAUCUCACACCUCGUGAUGAGCUCCUAAAUGAGAUUAAAAAGAGCAAUGUGGCAUAUCUCAAAUCUGUGCCACUCCCAAAAGUCCUGGAAUCAAGUGAAACAAGUCUUCUCUGACUCCACCUCAGCUAUGUUCUCACUGUUGAGUGUGUCUGUUGUACUGAUACUUUAUGUUGGUAAAUUACCUGCACAGCCCAAAAGGGUGAAAAGCAUCAUUGCCACACAA